CCUGUCAGCCAGCAGGGCAGUUGGAGAUGCAGCUGUUUGAUCUCUUUGAAGCGAAUCUCAUUGUGCAGAAACCCGUAAAUUUGGCGGUGUUGGCGGACUGGAUUGCCCAUGCGGUGGAGUGUGACCUUUGUAACCCAUCCAACCAACUUGAGCGGAUUCUCGGCAACUAUCAGAGCGUGGAUCCGCGUUGUUUAACGCCCUAUCGCGGGUGUCAGUGGACGGCGUCCGAUAUCGCUCAUGUCGAUGUCGAAAAAUUGACCACAAUCACUACCACCGCUUUGUGCCAUACAAUGAAGAAAACGCACUGGCUGGCGGAACGUUGCCGGCCCACAUCAGCGGCUGACUUUUGUAUGCUGUUUUAAAGCUACACUGAAGCGGAAGUCGAUGGCCUUGCCGUUUAUUCUGGGAAUAUAAGUGGCUGGUCCGGUUGGCUAUCGCUGGUUUUAGCGAUGUCGUGUUAGUUAGUUAACCUAGGUCUGGAGUCAGC